AUAUAAACACAAAUAUUUAGCGCUUAGAACUUGAACCUAAUUCUUUGACGAAAAACUUUUAUUGUGGACACAAGAUCUUUAACUAAUACAGGAUAUAGCUAAGCCUGCUUUAAGUAUUCAAAACAUGAAAACGACAGCAGCGCGCUCAUGUCCUCUUGCAUUGUGUUCAAAAUACAACAAAAAUGUAGACAUUACUUUAAUCUUGAACUAGAAGCGAAUAAACAAUGCUGCCGAUUACACAUAUGAAAUUGACUGUAAUAAUUUACGAAUGGGACAAUACAUCUGCCCUCAUCCCGAUUAUGAUUUCAUAGAUCAAAAAACUCAACAACCUAAAGGGUGUACAAAAGAAAAUAAAGCCAGGGUGUUGUGUCUAGCUGCAGAUGGCCUUAUUUGUACAGAAACAAGAAAUAAUACUUUUAAAAAGGAUAUACCUUGUAAAUGGACUAAUGGAUAUUCCUUUGAGACAACUUUACUGUUGUCUAUAUUUUUGGGUAUGUUUGGUGCAGAUCGUUUUUAUCUUGGAUAUCCAGCACUUGGAUUGUUGAAAUUAAGUACUUUAGGUUUUCUCUUCCUGGGUCAAUUCGCAGAUGUAAUACUAAUAGCAACACAGAUUGUCGGACCAGCGGAUGGUUCACAUUAUGUUAUGCCAUAUUAUGGUGCCGGAAUUAAUAUUGUCACAAGUAAUAACUUCACAUACAGAGUGCCACAAUAUGAUAGCUAAAAGAACAAUUGCAGCACAGAAAUAAUAAUUAUUUUAAGAAAUUGUGUAGCUUUUGCUUCUGUCACGAGCAACGAUGUACAAUCCUACAUAUGAGUCCUAUUCUAAUAUAUUUUGAUGUAUUAUUCUCUAUAUAAUGCUAUAACAAGUCUUAUAAAAAAAAGUUAUCUUGUAGAUAUGUUUUUCAAUGAAAAAUUGUAUAUAAAUAUUUGUUUUUAAUUUGCCUCCUGCUACCAAUAUAUUAAGUCAAUAAAUUUUUGUUUUUAUUUAUAAA